CCAGAACAUUGACAAAUUUUAGGCUCAACUGUCUGCUUUGUGCACCGAGUAUUGGCUUUCAAACAGUUGAUUCAACGGCUGGUAACAUGAUUUUAUGGUCAUAGAUUCUUUAUUUGUUUGAGCGUUUAGUUUGUUUUCACUUUGACGCUUGACUUCUUGUAAGACCUAUAUUUCUAAGAUAUUUUCCUGGCAACCAAACGAAGUCCAACCAAUCUAUAGGUCAACAGUCCAUUCACUUCUUUUUGGUCUUUGUCCACGUUCUAAUUUCAAAACCCACAAAAGAAAACCACAAAGGCAAACCCCAAAUUGCCGCUUGUCGCUUUCCAUUGCUUUUCUUCUCCCAUAAAAACACGCGUUACACGCGCUUUUUAUUUCUUUCUUUUUUGUACUGUUUUUUUUUCCAUCCUGUUUCUGACGAAAGAAGACGGAGACUGAAGCAAUGGCGAUUGAUCUCAGAGGAAUCCCGACAUAUGAUGGCAGAUAUGUCCAUUACAACAUCUUGGGUAACAUCUUUGAAGUUUCUUCCAAGUAUGUUCCUCCUAUUCAGCCUGUUGGUCGUGGCGCUUAUGGCAUCGUUUGCUGUGCUACAAAUUCUGAGACAAAGGAAGAGGUUGCAAUAAAAAAGAUUGGGAAUGCAUUUGACAACAGGAUUGAUGCUAAAAGAACACUCCGAGAGAUCAAGCUCCUUUGUCACAUGGAUCAUGAUAAUAUUGUCAAAAUCAAGGACAUUAUACUGCCACCAGAGAGGGAAAAGUUCAAUGAUGUUUACAUUGCAUAUGAGCUAAUGGACACUGAUCUAAAUCAAAUAAUACAGUCUAGCCAGCCUCUUACUGAUGAUCACUGUCAGUAUUUCCUAUAUCAACUGUUACGGGGCCUGAAGUACAUACACUCGGCAAAUGUUUUGCACCGAGACCUUAAACCUAGCAACCUGCUUCUCAAUGCAAACUGUGAUCUGAAAAUUUGUGACUUUGGUCUUGCAAGAACCACCUCAGAGACAGACUUCAUGACUGAGUAUGUUGUAACCAGAUGGUAUCGAGCCCCCGAGUUGCUCCUCAACUGUUCAGAGUAUACUGCAGCAAUUGAUAUCUGGUCAGUUGGUUGUAUUUUAAUGGAAAUAAUUAGAAGGGAGCCUCUUUUUCCUGGUAAAGACUAUGUUCAGCAGUUGGGGAUUAUUACUCAGCUACUAGGAUCACCGGAAGAUUCAGAUCUUGGUUUCCUUAGGAGUGACAAUUCUCGAAAGUAUGUUAAGCAGCUUCCUCGUUUCCCAAAGCAAUCGUUUGCGGAAAAGUUCCCAGAUGUCUCUCCUGUGGCAAUUGAUCUUGCAGAAAAAAUGCUGGUUUUUGAUCCAAGCAAGCGCAUCACUGUUGAGGAAGCACUGAAUCACCCAUUUUUAUCAAGUCUUCAUGAGAUAAAUGAGGAACCCACUUGCCUAUCUCCUUUCAUCUUUGAUUUCGAGCAGACAACCUUGACCGAAGAAGAUAUCAAAGAGCUCAUAUGGAGGGAGUCUUUGAAGUUCAAUCAAGAUAAGAUGCUCGAAUGAAGUCACUCAAGUCAGUAUCAAGUGUCCUAAUUUUGUUUAUGUUGUUUUGCUCCAUUAAACUCCUGGUUGAAAGGUUGAUUUUGGUAAAAACGCGUGCAUAGGUAUAAAUACAAGACAACUAGGGUAGUAGGAUAUGGGUUCUCUUCUCCACGGAGACAUUGAGAUUUGAGAUUGUGGAAUGGGUUUUGGUUUCUUGGGUUUAUUUGGGAGUUAUUGGAUUCAUGUUUUAUAUUUGGGAGUCCUAUCACCAUUGAAGGGGUGAAAUAUGUACUUCAUAUUCCAUAAAGGAAGGCUAUAGCUUCUUAGCCUCAUAUUGUGUAUGUACGUAUGUAUGUAUGUAUAUAUGUAUGUCUGUCUGUAUACUUUUUACAUUAGUUUUUUUUUUUCCCAAGAGAAACAACAAAAAUAGGAGUGGCAUCAUUAUUUUGACUCUGUUUUCAUGUUCAUGGGAUUUGGAGUGAGUGUUUGUGCCUUAGCUUGACUUUGAUUUUCUGAAAUUUUAUGGAUAUAUUUCAUUCAUGCUAUUGAAGUUUUUUUUUUU